GCAAGCAGUAGGCCCCGGCGCGGCUGUGCGGGAGAGGCGCUGAGGACGGCGGGUGCGCCCCAGGAGCUGUGUUGUUUUAAAAAUCCCUCCCAGGAUGUUUGCAAAAGCAGCAAAGAACUUUGUAAGAGAGGUUGACUGUGGAGGAGACUUGAUCCCUGCACCUUGCCUGAGUAACCUGGAUAAAUUGCAGUUCCUGGGCUUAGUGACGAAGAGGAAGAAGACCUGGUGCUGGCAGAAGCCAAAGUACCAUCUCUUGUCACUCUCGCUGAAUGAUGUGCUUGCAAAAGAUGAACCCAUAAAACCAGUUGUGGUGGAAUCUGAUUUUGUGAAGUAUGAGGGAAAGUUUGAAGACUAUGUCAAAGGAAGCAUCGAAACUUCAUUCGGGAAGGUUAAUUUAGGAGCCAGUGGAAGAGGCAUUGUGGAAAGCCAGUCUUCUUUUGGAAAUCUAAAAAAGCAAGAAAUUGACUUGCAGAAGCUUAUGAAAGAUGUCGAGGGAAGGACAAUAAAUCUACAAAAUGUGUUGCUGCAACAAAUGCUGGAAAGAAAGCAUGAAGCUCUUUGUAUCCUGACUGCAAGAAUAGUCACAACUCAGAAGUGUUUAAUAUCUGAACACAUUCAGACUGAUGAGAGAAUAGCAGGCAUGGUGGGAAUCCAUACCAAGAUUAUAAAGGUAUCUGUGAGCGAAGAUGGGAAUGUGAUGAAGGAUUCAAAUGUGGUCUUAGAGAUCCCUGCUCCCACAGCCAUUGCUUAUGGUGUAAUAGAACUAUAUAUAAAGCGUGAUGGACAAUUUGAAUUUUGCCUGCUUCACGAGCAACAGGGCGGUUUUGAAAGAGAGAGCACGGAGAGGCCAUCUUACCACUCUUUGAUCUUCAGCGAUGCUCUCUUGCCCCACAUUCUGGAUGCUGUGGAUAACGCAAAGCAACUUGGCCCCGAGAGCCCCAUCCCCAGUUUUGCUCCACUGAGCAUUUUGAGCAAAGAUAUCCUCCAUCUCAAGACCCAGUUUCAGUCAUUUGUGAAGCUGUCAGUUGGAGAGAGGGAAGCUUUAUACAAAAUACUCCGCGAGCUUCUACUUGAAGAAGAAAUGGUGGCUCAGCUGGAGGAUGUGCUGGACACUAUAUGUUCUGAAGGCAGCCCAGGACUCCAAGGAAUGGAGGAUUUAAAGCCAACAGAGGACCGAAAUAUAGAGGAGUUCUUGCAUCUUUUAGGAGUCAGUGUACAGAGCAAGCAGUUGAUGCAGAAGGGUCCAGUUCCUAAUAAGGAGCUCCUCUUAGCUGCACACAUCCUCCUCAGUGCUGUGGCAGAACUGUCAGAUUAUGCACUUGUCCUGCUGCGUGCCUGCUGUGAACUCCAAGUUAUACCUGCUCUGUGCUGCUUGCCUAAUACAACCUCAAUGGACGGCACGUUGACUCUUACAGAUCCACUGCUUGCUCCACUUGCUGACCCAGGAAAAUUUUGGAUAGUGCAAAGGCUGUUUGCUUUAUCAAACAUUAACCUUGAAAUGACAGAGUCUUCUAUACGAGUUCUAACCAUGAAGCAGCCCAGAUUUUCUCCAAUCAUUCUCUAUAUAGCAUUGUAUGGACUUUGGGUAUUACAUGGUAAAACAGUUUAGGUUUGAAGGAACAGCUUGGAUGCUUUACUAGCAGAACCAGCCACUUUAUUUAAUACCUGUCUUUAUAAUAGGGUUGAAUCUGACAUAUAAGCAUCAGUGAAACUGGAACAUUAGCUAAUAGGCUGUAGCUGUAACAAGGGUGCAUAGCAAGAGUUGAAAUUGCUUGCUGAAACAAGCAUAUCUCAAGAAGCCAUGAAAGGAUACUUCUUCAGCAGUAUAUGUAGAUAAUGGCAUACAUGUACACGUGCAGAUAUAUGCCUUUUUACUGUCCUCACACAUUACUGAUUCCUUUCAGCCAACCUCAUUUACUCCUUCUGUAGAGGGCCUUCCUUUGCUUCCUUUAACUAGUAUGUGUAGGUCCUAUGGCUGGUCACCUCAUACAUGUGUUGGACUACAGCUCACAUCAGCUACUGUCUUCCAUUUUUUCUUCUUUAUUGAGAACUUUGCAAAGCAGAAUUUCCAUAUUUACUGAGCAUAUGCAUUCUGGAGGCAUCGGUGCUAUUAUUACAAAGUUUGACACCCGUUAACUGGUAUCCUGUGGCCUCUGGGCAUUGUUGGUGGGGUCACAGGAUUAUUCAAAGGGACUUCCUGUCACGUGGAAGUUCAAAUACCCAGCCCUAGCCCCACAUGGGUGGUGCAGAAAGAGCUGUGCUGGCUGCCCUCUAGUUGCCAGUGCAUCCUGGAGGGAAGAAAAGCUGGCAUGACCCCCAUCAGCAUCCCAGCCUCCUUCCCUCCCCCUAAUGCUUUAUCUGGACAACUGAAAUAACCAUAGAAAUUAGGGUGCAAGAUGCGGCAGCAGCAGAGAUAGCCAUCACAAGUGCUAUGUUUGGGGCAUAGGAUGCAUGUAAGCCUCUGAUUUUGGAGAGUUGUAUGUAACAAGGCUGGAGCUGUUAAGACUGUGACCUAAAUAGGCAUAUCUAUUCCAUUUAUGGUAGCUUAGGGUGGAGAACAUGUGGCAAUCACUGAAGCUCAUGAAUGGAAUCAGCAGAAUUCCACAAGCAUUAAAUGAGGGGUGCAAUAGAGUAACUUUCUCUGGUUCACCUUGCAGGCCACUUGUCUUGCUGUUCCUGAGGUUGAGGGGUGUCUCUCCUAGAGCCUGGUUCCUCCACAAAUAGGGGAGCCUUUUCAUUUCUGGAAUGCAAAGUCUGGCUCUAAUCAAGCACAAAUAAUUGCUUUUAUACUCGGGCCAAAGAAUAUUUUAUACACUGUGUCUAUUCAGCAUGUUACUGGUUUAAUCUUUUUGUUUAGAAUUGCUUUUUUAUCACUUAAAUGAUGCCCAUUUUCACUGUUAGGCCUUCUUGGCAGCAAUAAACUUUACAAAUGUUUCAUAUUUAAAGUAA